AUGGCGCGUUUCAACAGCCCUGACGAGGUGAAUGGCUUCCUCAACGCCUUCGCUGCACGUGGCUAUCAUCAAAUUGACACUGCUCGCUCCUACUCCCCUCAUGCACCUGGGAGCUCUGAGCCCAGGCUUGGAGCCGUUGCUGCAGGCGAUCGAUUUGCCGUCGAUACUAAAGUCAAUUCGAGGGAACAAGGGUCCCAUACCAAGGAAAAUAUCCUGAAGGAAAUCGACAUUUCGCUGGAGGCAUUAAAAAUCAAGCAAAUAAACGUUGAGUACUUGCAUAUGCCCGAUCGGGUGACGCCAUUUGAGCAGGCUUGCGAAGCCAUGGACCAGGCACAGAGAGAGGGCAAGAUCAAGCAUUGGGGUCUCUCCAAUUACACGGCUGAGGAAGUCCAGAGGUUUGUGGACAUUUGCGAGGAGCGCGGCUUUCUCAAGCCCGUCGUCUAUCAAGGCCAGUACAACCCCGUCGUGAGAGAUGGCGAAAAGAGUCUCUUUCCUAUCCUGCGCGAGCACGGGAUUGCCUUUUACGCCUACAGUCCUGCUGGGGCUGGCUUCUUCGCUGGCAACCACAAAAACGUCAAGGCGGGUGGGCGAUUUGAUAAAUCUCAUGGCAUAGGCGGCUUCUAUUCCCAGCUCUACCUGAAGCCCUCCAUCAUGGACGCCACGGACAAGGCGCUCUCAGUGGCGUCGAAGCGUGGAAUUAGCGGUCACGCCGCGGCACUUCGGUGGACAGCGCAUCACAGCCAGCUGAGCAAGGCGUACGGGGACUCCCUCAUCAUCGGAGCCUCCAGCCCGCAGCAGCUGGAGUCAAAUAUCGACAUGAUUGAGCAGGGACCGCUGCCUGACGACGUAGUCGCUGCUCUGGAAGCCGUGCAUGCCGGCAUUAACGACCAGAUCUCGUACCACAUGUGA